AUGGCGGCACAUAUUCCCGCAAUCUCCAAUAUUUCUUAGCAGUUGUAGAGAAGUUGUGAAUUUUGUUUCUUCGACUUUUUUGCACUAUGGCCACACUUAAUUUGGGAGGAAAUGCUUCAAAAAGGAAGAAAGAUUCAUUAAAAGACUUUAAAGGCGAUUGGAGCGGCCACGGCGAGUAUAUGCAAGUGAAGGUACAGAAACUAGAUGUUCAGUUUAAAGAGGAUAUUGGUCCAAAAGGGUGCCAAGAUGUCAAUGCUCCAAAGAUCUUUGAGAAAGUGGUUAUUCAUAUCAAUGGAUACACAGAACCAUCAGCUGAUGAAUUGCGACGUUUGGUGUACCUACACGGUGGACGUUGUCAACAAUACUACACAAAGCGUUCAGUGACACAUAUCAUUGCAACAAAUCUACCAAAUAGCAAAAUCCAGGAGAUUAGAGAUGAACUUGUAGUGCAUCCAUCUUGGAUUUUGGACAGCAUAAAAGCUGUCAGAUUGCUUCCUGUCAUUGACUAUCUUCUUUAUCAACCACGCAAAGCUGCACAAAAGGUUUUGAAUUUUACUUCCAAAUCAUCAUCAACUGUGGCAUCUUCCACGCUCUUUUCUGCUGAGGAGAGGGGACACACAAUGGUAACAUCAACUUUGCAGUCCCGUGAUGGUGGAUCUACUGAGGAAAUGUCAUCUACAUGUACCUCUGUAUCACCUUACACAAGAACACCUGAGGUGGUGAAGAGGCAACUCAAAGAUAUUUGUAAUGAUAAUGACAACGGAACUAUUACUGGUAAUGAUUCAAUAAAUUGGGAGGCAGAAAUGUUGAUAGAGACUUAUGAAGUCAAAGUUGGUAAUGAAAUCAGUAGUAAAGGGGAAGCAAGAUUUGAGAGGAAUGAUUUUGGAGACAAAAAAGUGAUUUUUGGAGACAAUAGUGAUGUUUCUUUGCAAGACACUGUAGGUGCAACAACUUGUACAAAUAUAACUGAGGGUUCCAUGCUGUUCAAAAAACCGACCAGUUUACCCAGAGCUGGUGAUGCAAACUUUGUAUCUGAAUUCUAUAACAACUCCAGACUGCAUUACUUAUCCACGUGGGGAGCAGAAUUCAAGAAAUACACAAGUGAUAUUAUCAAGAAUAGUGCGGCCAAGGGGUGGAAGUGUAGAGGAAGUGGCCAGGUAGGGCCAAAUGGCCGUGUUAUUAUGCAUAUUGAUAUGGAUUCAUUCUUUGUUUCUGUAACAUUGAGAGACCAGCCGCAUCUCCGAGGCAAGCCGAUUGCAGUUUGUCAUGCUGGAAAGAGCAGCUCAUCAGCUGAACAAGCAUCUGCCUGUAACCCGCAAAGUUCACCAGCGAAAACGGCAUCAUUCUUCAACUCCAUGUCAGAGAUCGCUUCCUGUAGCUACGAGGCAAGGGCUGUUGGGGUUCGUAAUGGCAUGUUCCUGGGUCCUGCACGUAAACUCUGUCCUGAUAUCCACUGUGUUCCAUACCAGUUUGAUGAAUACCGCAAAGUCUCCCAGAGGCUCUAUGAUAUUUUGGUGACCUAUAGUCGUGAAAUAGAAGCUGUGAGCUGUGACGAGGCUUAUAUUGACGUGUCGGAGACCAUGGAAGCGGAUGAAACACCAAUACAGCUCGCACAGAAGAUUCGCGCGGAGAUUAAAGAAGCCACUGGCUGUACGGCGUCCGUUGGUAUCUCAUUUAAUAUUCUUCUGGCGAGAAUGUGCACCAGAAUGGCUAAACCUGAUGGAUGUUAUUACUUAUCGCCUUCUGAUGAUGUCAAUACGUUUAUGGGCUCCCAGAAAGUGGAAGACCUCCCCGGAGUAGGAUGGAGCCUGAGGGAUAAGCUGCGAACAUUGGGAGUUGAAACGUGCUCUGACUUACAGAAGCUCAGUUGUCAAGUAUUACAAGGCGAGUUCGGAGCCAAGACGGGUGUUGUUUUAUACCAGUCCUCCCGCGGUAUUGAUCACAGGACUCUUAAAACUCAGCGAGAGAGAAAGUCUGUAUCGGCAGAGAUCAACUAUGGAAUCCGCUUCACCAAGGAAAGUGAGGUGGAAUCAUUUGUCAAUGAACUUGCUGAAGAAGUACAAAAGAGACUUCAGGCGCUUGGGUUGAAGGGCAAAUGUAUAACCCUAAAGAUGAAGGUGCGCAAAGCAGGAGCACCGACUCCAAGAAAGUUCAUGGGUCACGGAAUCUGUGAUAACAUCGCUCGGUCUUGCACUUUACCAACUGUCACAGAUGAGGCGCAAGUCAUAGCCAAACAAUGUCAUGCACUCCUGAAACAACUGAGUGUACCGCCAGAGGAUAUGCGAGGGAUGGGAAUUCAAGUAAGCAAGUUGAACGACAAAAAGGCUGGUACUUCCGAUAAGAACACAAGAUCGCUGUUUGAUUUUAUGAAACCGCAAUCGAUUGACACUGAAGUUGUUACUAAAUCCGCAGCCUCUGAAAGAGCAGCUGAAAUCAAAGGAGAAAAUUACAUUAGAUCACCAGCCGAGAGCCCUGUGCAGGAAAAAGGCGAGACAACGUUAACACUUCCCCCUUUACCAAAAUUCUCGCCCCAGAUCACGCAGCAAGCUUCGAAUUCCAGGUCUGAGAAAAGGCUGGGUGACUUGGGCGAAAGCCUGUACCUGCCCUCUCCGUCUCAGAUUGAUCCGACAGUACUCGAGGCUUUACCUGAAGACAUUCGGAGGAGCAUCGAGAAAUCUUAUGCUGCAAGAAAUAAGAGAAUUCCACCCCCCAAAACAGGAAGACAGGAGGAAGAUGAGACCUCACCAAAACAAAUCCCUCAAAAGAAAGGUAUUAAGAACAAGAAGGGCAAGGCAGCUUCAAAAUCCUCUCGUCUUUUAUUUGAAGACAAUAAUUUGUCAGAAGGAGUGGUUCUAAGGGCUUCAGACCUGUUACCCUCUCCAUCACAGAUUGAUCCGGAAUUUCUCGCAGCACUUCCUGAAGACGUAAGACAGGAAAUAGAACAGGCUUGUAAACGAAAAAACUUACUUAGAGCUCCUUCUAACGUCCAAGAGGGAUACCUUGGUGAUCGUAUCUCGAAUCUUGCACCUGGAAAUGAAACUGAAAGGAUUAGUACGGCGAGAGUUAAAGCAGAGGAUGUAAGCAUUACAGAAAAAAGUCAAAUCAUCGCUCCACCAAAACAGGCACGUUUGGGAGAGGCUGUUACCCUUUGUGAUGUAAAGAAAGUUAUUACCGACUGGACUUCCUCUUGUGAAGUUCCUCUAGAGGAAGAUGUUGAAGUGUUCAGGGAUUAUUUGUUACAGCUCAUUGGAUUGAAAAACUUAGAGCAGUUAUGGAGGGUGUUGAAGUUUCUCGACAGGAGAAUCGAAGGACGUGAAGAUUGGAAAAAUGUGAGUUGCGCCGUUUUGGCCCAAGUUCAGCACCACCUCCAGCAAAACUACUCAAGCAAGCUAUCUGUAAAGUCGCUGAAAUUCUGCAGCUCAUGAGUUCACCAGUGUUUGAUUUCACUUUACCGUUAUGAUGUAGGUGCAGUCAUCAGAAAUUUUUUAAUAAAAGUCAUGGGAAACAG